GCCUCCGUUGUCAAUAAUGGCGAGGCUGUGAGAGCGGGGCGGCGGCGGACGGCGGAGAGCAAGGAAAAGAUGGAGCUGAGAGUUGGGAACAAAUACAGGCUGGGGAGGAAGAUUGGCAGUGGCUCCUUUGGUGACAUUUACCUGGGUGCAAACAUAGCUACUGGAGAAGAGGUUGCAAUAAAGUUGGAAUGUGUCAAAACGAAACACCCACAGCUCCAUAUCGAGAGCAAGUUUUACAAAAUGAUGCAAGGAGGAGUUGGAAUUCCUUCAAUUAAGUGGUGUGGUGCAGAAGGAGAUUAUAAUGUGAUGGUCAUGGAGCUCCUUGGUCCUAGUCUUGAGGAUCUCUUCAAUUUCUGUUCGCGCAAGUUCAGCCUAAAGACUGUGCUUCUCCUUGCAGACCAGAUGAUCAGUCGAAUUGAGUACAUUCAUUCCAAGAAUUUCAUCCACCGUGAUGUUAAGCCAGACAACUUCCUCAUGGGCUUGGGCAAAAAGGGAAACCUGGUUUAUAUCAUCGACUUUGGCCUGGCCAAAAAGUAUCGCGAUGCACGGACUCACCAGCAUAUUCCUUAUCGGGAAAACAAAAACCUGACGGGCACAGCUCGGUACGCCUCCAUCAACACCCAUCUGGGCAUUGAACAAAGUCGCCGUGAUGACCUGGAGUCACUGGGUUACGUCCUGAUGUAUUUUAACUUGGGCUCGUUGCCAUGGCAGGGACUGAAAGCAGCGACAAAACGGCAGAAGUACGAGCGCAUUAGUGAGAAAAAGAUGUCAACUCCAAUCGAAGUUUUGUGCAAGAGCUAUCCGUCUGAGUUUUCUACCUACCUGAACUUCUGUCGCUCCUUGCGUUUUGACGACAAGCCUGAUUAUUCGUACCUGCGCCAGCUUUUCAGGAAUCUUUUCCACCGACAAGGCUUCUCAUACGACUACGUCUUUGAUUGGAACAUGCUGAAGUUUGGCGCAGGUCGUACCCCGGAGGAAAGUGAGCGUGAACGCAGAGAGCACGAGCGGGAAGAACGUGUGGUGCAGACGCGCAGCUCGGCAACACGAGCUCUCCCACCCGGAACAGGAGCCGGUGCAGUUGGCAACCGGUUACGGAAUGGACAAGACACAGUCCUCCCUACACAGGCCACUCGUGCCCAGCAGUCUGCAAAUACCUCACCAAGACCCAUAUCCCGAGCCGAACGAGAGCGCAAGGUUAGCAUGAGGCUGCACAGAGGUGCUCCGGCCAACGUUUCAUCCUCAGACCUUACAGCACGGCAAGAUGUGUCACGCAUUUCUGUAUCACAGACCAGCAUGCCCUUUGAACAUCUGGCAAAGUGACUAAUAUCCUUAGAGGAGCAGGUUCCUUCGCUGACUUUUGCCAAUGUUAGGACAACAUUUCCAACACUGACCACUGCAAACAGAUUUUCAGGGAGGAUAUUGGAACAAGGCUCUUGACCCAGUAUUUUACUUGUGUGAGAAUUGGGAAAGCAGGACUUCAAUUUCAGUUUGAACAUACUUGCAAUUAUCUUGUCAAUCACCUCAGAUUUAUUAUAUACAGUUUUUUUUUUUCUCCCCCCUGUUUGUUUGGAGUUUUCUUUAUCCAGAAGAAAACCCCGGAUUUCACCUUGACUGCCCCUUCCACCCCUGCAAAAGGAAGCUUGGCCUCCGGUCUACAAGUAGUCAAGGGCUUCGAGCUUGCCCCUCUAUAAUGGUGGCCAGUUACCAUUGUCUUGCCUUCUCCAUCUUUCUGCUGACGGUGUGAUGGCUUCCCAAGACUUUAUUAAGGAUGAGAGGAAGAGGAAAACACAGAUUUGGAAAAAAAAUUAUUUUGUAACCUACAGCAGUCCUGAUUUCUGAAAUGCCAAGUAUGCUCAUAUUAGUUCUUAAAAGGAAAAUGGGCAGCUGAAUUUAAAUGGGUAAACCUAGCACCCAAUGCAAUUGUUGGCUGCAGUAGACUUCGUGUGGCAUGAUGUCAGUAGAAUUUGGGUUUACCCCAACCCCCUUCAUUUACAAGUCGCAUUUGUAGGUUCCUGUAAAUAAUGCAUUUCUUUUGGGACCUCUUUUCCAGAAUGAACCUUCCCUCUGAAUAAUAUUCACUCUGUCACUCCUUGUAAGUAUUGAAACUUAGUUUUUUUUUAAUCUGUAUCCAGGGUGAUGAAACUUAAUAUUUUUAAAAGUAUAUAUAAAAUCAGUUGUGAUUUUUUUUUAAAGCAGCACUUGGUGCACAAAAGGGGAAAGAAAAAACUCUUACUCAUCAAACACUCAUUAAAAUGGGUUUGUUAAAUCAGAGCUGCCUGUCCUUUUCAUGUCAACUAUAUCUUGUAUUUGUGUGUUGCCAAGAUCAAUGACUUGGGACCGCAUUGGGCUAAUUUCUGAAAAGGGUAUGGAUUUAUUUUUUCAUUCAUUUUUUAAAGUGUUCUGUUGUCUUUCCUUCCAGAAAGGAUCAGAGGUGUGAGGGUCAUGACAUUUUCUAAUCCAGGUAUAAAGCGUCAGUGCCCUGUUCUUCCCCACAUCCCCUUAAACCCCUUUUGAAUUCCCCUCAUUGAUGAUUUUAGGGGUUACAAAAGCUUUGUGUAGCAGUGUUUUAGAAAGAGAGCUAUCUGGGAGUUGAAUUUUCUCUCUCUCUCUCUCUCCAAGUGUCUUUUUGACCCCACACAUCAUGUCUGCAUUACUAUUGGGUAAAUCUAGGUUUAAUGCAACUAUGACAGAUGAUCUGAAAUAUAUAUUCAAAACAAACUGGCGAGCCUUUGUUCUUAUCCUGCCAGUCCUUCGUAACUGUAGCUGGACACUCAACUGCCCAAGUGCAUCGUGCAUACAAGGGCACCACUAAGCAAAAAAAAAACCUGCAAGGGAAAAGUUGCUUCACAUUGCUAAAAGUCAUUUGGGAAUCUGUUGGUGGAGCUGUAAAUGUAGCAUUGACUGCUUAAAUCUCAUUUGCCACUCCCAUGUUUGUUGCCAACCACAUAAAUGGCUCACUCUUGGAACUUGUGCCUUCCCCCCGCCCCCCCAAAAAAGAUAGUUGAUGAGUCCUCCCUUUUUAAAGUGGCUUCUCAGCUUUGACAGCCAUUUCCCACAGACACUAACCAUUUGAAAAUGUGGCUGACGAUCUUUUUUAAACAGUUGCCUGCUCGGUACUAAUAAGUAAAUAUAAAGACCAGUUUCAGCAGAAGGUGGGAGUGCAGCGAUGAGUGAGGAGAAGGAAACCUGCCAAAAUUCACAAAAAUAAGUUCUCUUUGAUGCAGUUGAGGGUCUUUACCUUUUUUUUUAACUUAGUUUUAUUCAAAGGAAUGCAUCAUGCUUCUGUUUGUCAGCUUUGGCACAGUGAAGUUUUGGAAAAAAUGCAGUCAUUUACUCCAAUUUUCCAGUCCAGGUAUAAGUGUGUCAAUAACCACUGAGUGCGUGUUUUCUUAGUGUUCUGUGAAAUCCUUGUGAGUUUGGCAGCCAGAAACCUAAAAGGCAUUUUCUAAUACUGUCUGAUUCUGGCCACCAGCACCCCUUUGCCUGUAAAAAUGGAUUGCCACCAUUUUCUUGUGGAAGCCUCUGGCUAGCCCACGUUCCCCUCCCUUAAUAACAUGUGUCAAAGCUCUGGAUUCAUCUGCAGGCAAGCAAAGUUGAAUGUGGCAAACAUUGUGUGCUAUCUGAACAUGCUUACUUGAAAUCAAAAAGCAUCUUUAUUUGGGUUGGGCAGAUAAUGGGAAAAAGUGACCACUUUUUGACCUACUUUAUCACAGUAAAGUCCAUCAAAACUUAGCAGGGUCCUCUUUUAUACCACAGCCACCUUUUAAAGCAAUCUACACUAAGCAAAAACAAAAAUCAAUAUGAUUGCAUCUUUGUUUACAUGUUGGUGUGCUUUUUCAUUUUUGUUUCUCCCAUGUUCUACAACCUCACCCAAGUUGCCCAACACCAAAGUUAUUUGGCUUUUGCCAACCCAGGGUCUGAGGUGUGAAUUUGACUGGUGGGGUACAUCCACAAAAGGUGCUCAGGGAAAAGAAAAGAUUAGACAAGUUUAGUUCGGAGGGGGCAAGUCCGAUGCUUGCGAUGUAAAAGCAAAAAAAUAUAGAUUAGUCUCAAAAUUCUCACCUGCUAUUCUUGCCCCUACUGUUUGGCAGCCCAUUGCCUCCUCUUCUCAAAUAUAUAAUCUCUGUAAACUCUGUUAGGUUAACUCUUCACUGACGCUAACAGCCCCCUUGAAUGACAUGGUUUUGUAUUUAAUACACAUUAAGUUAUUUCCCUGUGUAUUUUUUUUAACAUUGGUAUUUCAUGAAUAACUUUUUUGAGAUUUUUUUUGUAUUUGUGUAAAUAGUAAAUUUUUGAUUGUAAAGUGAAAACUGUUGCUUCUUAGUACUGAUGUUAAACAGUGUAACAUAGUUUUAAUUUGUGCACAGAGUGCGGGUGGUUGGCUAGGGAUUAUUCCUAUAUACGUUCACUUAUUGGUGGACUGUAACUAGAUUCAGUCUCUAGUACAUUCUGAAUUUUGUCCCUUCGCUCUGAAGGAGCAGUGUUAAAUCCGACCAGAUUUCAGGGGAUGUUCUCUCUGGUGGACUGGCUAUUGAGUGUUGUUUUUUUUGUUUAAAGCUUUCUUACUGAAUCUUGUAUCCAAAUUCAGAUCUGACAAAGAUCAAACAACUCCGAUCUGUCUUUGCCAAGUUCUGCUACCACUAGACAUUAACUGCUUCCCUCAGAAAAGCAGUCCUGUACUCUAGUAUCUUGAAGAUUAAAAUGGCAUUGAAACCUGGAUCCAGUUUUUGCAAGGCAGCUUUCUUGCUGUUUGUGUUACUGAUGAUUAACACCAGGCAUGGUGCCUGUAUUGGUCCAAGUAAGAGGAGAGUAAUGGCAAAACAAGUCCAUGUUGUGUAUGUAUUUAUUGCAAAUUGUCUUCUGAAUGUGUGUGUGUACGUGUCUGUACUUUGGCUAUUGGCAAGACAUUAAGAGAAUUAACGAGAAGUGACUUCAAGACUUCUAGCUUGGUUCAUUUACAAUCACUCCCCAAACUUGAGCCCAUUUGCAGCAUGUAAUUGUUCCUGCCUGAUCUGACACAGCCCGACUAGUUAGGUGCCGAGCAAGACUAGAAAUCCUGUUUGUAAUUUGAAAUGGAGCAAUAUACUUCAUCGGUAAUACAGAAUGACUUAACUGUUUGAGGGGAGCAUACCAGUUUUUAAACUCUGAGUAUAAUACAAUAUCUGCAAUAAAGGAACUCCUGUAACGUUGUUAGUUUGACAAUUUGUGUUACCGGCAGUAAUUUUCUUGGCUUCCCCAUGGGAGCUGAGUCUACCCAGUCUCGGGGAAACAUCAAAAUAUGAACUUGGCUGAAAUGUAGAAUGGUUUGACAUGCCCUCGCACCACCCGAUGUUUUUUUUUAAAGAAAAGUGCUCUCUGGCCUACUGUCUCGAUGUCUAAUGUACAGUUCUCUAUUCCUGAUUACUAUUUAACAUUAUUUACAAUGCAAUUUAAUAUGGUUGUUAUUUGUGUACAUUUUAAACCUUAUAAAUAAAAGGGAGA